AUAUUUACUCGUAUAUUUUUUUUUGUUUAGCUGUCAUGAUUUCUUUUAAAGAAAUACCAUUUAAACGAUGUCACUGCUAGAUUGCUAACGCGUUAUACUUAUGUUUUAGGGUUUUGAAGUAUGCAAUAACAUUAUUAAUGCAGUCCUGAAAUUAGUUCAUCCAUACUUACUGUAGCGGAGUAGUAAAUAAAAUGCAAUACUUAAAACUAAUUUUCAAAAUUGAAUAUUGUAUAAUACGCAUAGCUGCAGUUUACCAGGAGUUAAGAUUGCAGUAAAGUGUCUCUGUGCGCUGGGUUACUGUUUGAUAGUGUCAAAAAUGUAAUAAUCAGCGAGUCUCCACGAGUUCGCUUUCUGUGCCAUCUGAAAGUAAACACAGCUUUAGCAAACUGUCCGACAUCCAACCCAUACACAAUACUAACUGCAGAUUAUGAUUACAACAUUAUUUAUGUAACUUGGGAAAUAAUGACCCAAAUAAAUAUGCAUGUCCAAUUAGGGUUGCCACCUCUGACUUAUAAAAAAACAGGACACCAUAACCAUUUUGUAAAAAUAAAUAAAUACAAAUGUUAUAUAUAUAUAAUAUAUAAAUGAGGAUUUUUUUUUCACGUAUAUCUUUACUCAUAUAUUUUUUUUGUUUAGCUGUCAUGAUUUCAUUGAUACCAUUUAAACGAUGGCACCGCUACACUGCUAACGCGUUAAUCAUAUGUUUUAAGGUGAAAAAGUCUGACUAUUCUAAUACAUAUUACCAAUUCUCUAUUUAUGAAACAUGAUAACUUUUCAUAAGGUGGCAAACUGUUAAAAAAUAAAUAAAACGCAGACUAAUCUGGUGGGUAAAGAAAAACGGGCCUUGUAGGCAAACAGGAGAAUUUUAAAAGUAAUGGUGAACUUCACAGGUAGCCAGUGUAACUGGGCGAGACCGGGGGUAAUGUGAGCAUUAACUUGAUAAGGUGACCCAAGGGAAGCAUGUAGAUGUUAAAAAGAAGCCCGAGAACAGACCCUUGAGGGACAUCGCAAGUGACAGGGUUUGCGACAGCACUGCUUCCAUCAUAGAAAAUAGACUGCAUGCGUCCAGAUAGGUAAGAGGACAGCCAGGAGACAGGUUCCAGAGAUCCCAGCAUACUUCUGAAGGCGGUCAAGAAGAAUGCCAUGAUCUAUGGUGUCAAAAGCGGCCGUUAGGUCAAGGAGGACAAGCACAGAGGGAGCAUCAGCACCAGCAUUGAGCAGGAGAUCAUUCACAAUCCGAAGCAGAGCAGUUUCAGUACUGUGAUGCGGCCGGAAGCCAGACUGUAGAGAUUCAAGUAGAUUGUUGUCUGUGAGAGGUUCCAUUAGCUGGCUGGCUACAGCUCUUUCAAGAAAAGGAAGAUUGGAUAUGGGACGGAAGUUGGAUAAGACGCUUUACAUUGGUAUCAUGAAUUAUUCCAGGUUUAUAAAUGCUAUCAGUGCAGCAAGAAAGGCAUCUCCAAUACGAAUAUUAACUGAACUGCAACAGAGAUCCCCACCUUCCCUCAUCUCACUUGCUGCCGGAGCUCCUAAUGCGAACACAUUCCCAUUUAAAAGUGCCAGCAUCUCUCUGAAGAACGGCGGCAGUAUUGAAUUUGAUGAGACCCUUAUGAAGAGAGCCCUUCAAUACUCUGCCUCUUCUGGAAUUCCAGAAUUGCUUUCAUGGAUGAAGGAUCUUCAGAAAAGCCUCCACAACCCGCCAACGGCCGGAAGGGCACAGCUGGAGAUGUGUGUCACCACUGGCAGCCAGGAAGGACUGUGCAAGGCGUUUGAGAUGAUUAUAAACCCUGGGGACAAUGUUCUCUUGGAUGCACCGACGUAUUCCGGAACACUAGCUGCUCUUAAACCACUUGGGUGCAACAUAAUUAACAUCCCCAGUGAUCAGUAUGGAAUGAUUCCCGAAGCUCUGAGAGAAACCCUUUCCCAGUGGAGGCUGGAAGAUGUUGGAAAACCCAACAAUACCAUCCCGAAACUGCUCUAUACUAUUCCAAAUGGGGGCAACCCCACAGGAGCCUCCAUGACUACAGAACGGAAAAGAGAAGUCUAUCAGCUUGCUCAAGACUAUGAUUUCCUUAUAAUUGAGGACGAUCCCUACUAUUUUCUUCAGUUUGAAAAGCCUUGGGCACCAACAUUUCUGUCAAUGGACGUUGAUGGUAGAGUUCUCAGAACGGAUUCAUUUUCUAAAAUCCUGUCCUCCGGUCUAAGACUGGGAUUCGUGACUGGACCGAAACCCCUUAUUGAUAGGAUAGUCCUCCACAUGCAGGCAUCUACAAUGCACACCAGCACCUUCACACAGCUCCUGGUCACACAGCUGCUUCAGAGAUGGGGACAGGAAGGGUUUCUUAACCAUAUUGACAGUGUUGUGGAGUUCUACAGAAAGCAGAGAGAUGCAAUGCUUUCUUCCGCAGACAAGUGGCUUCAAGAUGUUGCUGAAUGGCACAUGCCUGCGGCUGGCAUGUUUCUGUGGAUCAAGGUGAAAGGGAUUCAGGACACACACAAGCUGAUUAUGGAGAAAGCAUUAGAGAAGGAGGUGCUGCUUGUACCAGGGGGUGUCUUCAAUAUUGACAGCUCAGAGCCCUGUCCUUAUGUGAGAGCUGCCUUCUCUCUCUCCUCUCCAGAGCAGAUUGAUCAGGCUUUCCAGAGACUGCAUGCACUAAUCAAGGAGUCCAUGUAAAGUAUCUGCAGUGAAUGGAUUGAAAACAAGAAGAGAUUCUGCACCCUCUAUCCACUGCAGGAAGAGAUUCUUUUUAGGAGGCAUCUACACGCACAGUUCAUCACAAUUUGAAUACUGUUUGCUUUACCCAUUCAAACCCUUCAGUGUCCCCCAGUACUGCCUGGUUUCACAGACCCACAUUAGCUCUAAGCACCAGCCAUCCGUACCUAUUUUACUAGCAGUGCCUACUCUUUUUUUGAAGUGGUCUGGAAAGUAAGUCUGUUUGUGUGAUAAGCCCUACACCUUGCCUGCAUAAUACCUUCAUGAACGUAGGACCAAUCCAAACAGCUGAAUCAGUACACUUUUGCUAAACUAGACCUCAUGAAGUUUUUACUCCCAUGAUUCUUGAGGUCAGAAAACAUUCAACUUAAACUUAGCCUUUCAUAACAUCCGUUAUCCUGCAUACCAUUGUAGCCCAGGGCCCCGUGGGACAAGUUAUUAUAGGAAAACAAAGCUUGUUAGAGACUAUGGAACAUGUUCUGUAUUGUUGGAGACUGUAUGGAACGUGUUCUGUAUUGUUAGCGACUGUAUGGAACGUGUUCUCUAUUGUUAGAGACUGUAUGGAAUGUGUUCUGUAUUGUUAGAGACUGUAUGGAACAUGUUCUGUAUUGUUAGAGACUGUAUGGAACGUGUUCUGUAUUGUUAGAGACUGUAUGGAACGUGUUCUGUAUUGUUAGAGACUGUAUGGAACGUGUUCUGUAUUGUUAGAGACUGUAUGGAAUGUGUUCUGUAUUGUUAGAGACUGUAUGGGAUGUGUUCUCUUGUUAGAGACUGUGUGGAAUGUGUUCUGUAUUGUUAGAGACUGUGUGGAAUGUGUUCUGUAUUGUUAGAGACUGUGGAAUGUGUUCUGUAUUGUUAGAGACUGUAUGGGAUGUGUUCUCUUGUUAGAGACUGUGUGGAAUGUGUUCUGUAUUGUUAGAGACUGUAUGGAAUGUGUUCUCUUGUUAGAGACUGUGUGGAAUGUGUUCUGUAUUGUUAGAGACUGUGUGGAAUGUGUUCUGUAUUGUUAGAGACUGUGUGGAAUGUGUUCUGUAUUGUUAGAGACUGUGGAAUGUGUUCUGUAUUGUUAGAGACUGUAUGGGAUGUGUUCUCUUGUUAGAGACUGUGUGGAAUGUGUUCUGUAUUGUUAGAGACUGUAUGGGAUGUGUUCUCUUGUUAGAGACUGUGUGGAAUGUGUUCUGUAUUGUUAGAGACUGUAAGGAACAUGCUCUGUAGAAAUGGGAAAUAAGGGGCUCCACCAGCACAAAGAAAGUUUUACACUUUUUGAUUAUGACUGUUAGUAAAGACAUAUCUGUUUUGUGUGUGUGUGUAAUUAUAACCAUGUUACUGUCUAUACAUUUAAAAUAAUGUAUUUCAUUUUAACUUGUAUGACGGCUACAUUAUAGGGUAUAAAAUGCACUGCAGGUUGCAUGUCUGAGCUGCAGCAGUGGCCCUUAUUCACAAAGCUGUAACACUCUGCUUUGAUUGACUAAAAGAAGUUUGAUAUGAAUUUGAGUGGUCCGGACUGCUGGUCUCUAUUACAACAGUCUAGAAAAGUUUCAUUCAAACAAAACUUUAUUUAAUCCCUCAAAACUGACAUAAAAAUAUUGAAAUAACCCAUGGUGAUUUGUGGUCCUGUGUUUCUUCGAAGAGCACUAUAUUUUAUUAUUGAAACAUUAACAAUAUUGAAAAGAAAGGUGAGUUUGGAAACCAUCAGUGAUUGUAUUUGUGUGGAGAAAGUUUUCCAAUAAUAUAUUGUAGACAUUGGUGCUAUAUAUUUUAAUGAAAUACAUCUGAGAUUAAAUUCA